UGGAGAACACCAAUACCCGCAUUUGAAUAACGCUGUUGUUCCCUGCCCGAGGGAAUGCAAAGCGAGGAGAGCAGAAGUCAUGAGACCAUGUUUGCUCUCCUCCAGACAGCACGUUGGUCAUAUGAGCAGCAGAAAAAGAAACAGCGAUGGACGGCUUGUCCUGCUGCAUGAGGAGGUGCUGCUGUGGCCAGGUUGAGGAGGAUCAGGGCGGCAAAGGACCAUGGGAGGGAGAAGAAGAGGAGGAGGAACAGGUGGAGGUGUUGAGAAUGGAGGAAAGGGGCGUCAAGAAGAGCAACAGUUCUUCAUCACUGCCAGUUACCGAGCUGGAACCAGACAGUGGCCCGCAACCUCACUGGUUCCACACGCUGCAAAUGCGACGGCUUCGAGUGCAGCGAGGCCGCAGUAACAGUGACCCAUGGAGCCAGGACAACUGCCAGAACACCUUUAACUGGAAAGCAGGACUUCAGUUUGGAACGGCUAACUCUUACGUGAGCCUAGAGAAACUCGGUGAAGGCUCUUAUGCAUCUGUUUAUAAAGGCAUCAGCAGAAUCAACGGGCAGCUUGUGGCAUUGAAGGUGAUCCAGACAAAGACAGAGGAAGGCAUGCCAUUCACUGCCAUCAGAGAAGCUUCACUGCUCAAAGGCUUGAAGCACGCCAACAUCGUCCUCCUGCAUGACAUCAUUCACGCCAGAGACUCUCUCACCUUCGUCUUCGAAUACGUGACGGACCUGGCCCAGUACAUGAACCAGCAUCCCGGAGGUCUGCAUUCUCACAAUGUGCGGCUCUUCAUGUUCCAACUGCUGCGGGGUCUCUCCUUCAUCCACGACCGGCGGAUCCUCCAUCGAGACUUAAAGCCUCAGAAUCUGCUCAUCAGCUACUUAGGAGAACUCAAACUGGCCGAUUUUGGUUUGGCUCGUUCCAAAUCUGUCCCCUGUCAGAGUUUCUCUUCAGAUGUGGUGACUUUGUGGUACCGCCCUCCCGAUGUCCUGCUUGGAUCUACUGAUUAUUCGACAGCUCUGGAUAUCUGGGGCGCAGGUUGCAUCUUUGUCGAGAUGCUUGAAGGAGUGCCGGCGUUCUCUGGAGUCACUGACGUGUUUGACCAGCUGCAGAAAAUCUGGAUGGUGCUUGGAAUCCCUUCAGAGGAUACCUGGACAGGAGUCACCCGGCUGCCCAAUUAUCAAUCAGACUGGUCCCUUCCUUCUAAGCUGAAGCCAAUUCGCUCUGUGUGGAAAAGGUUGAGUCGACUGCCAUACAAAACUGAAGACCUGGUUCAGAAGAUGCUGAUGCUGGCGCCCGCCGACCGGAUCUCGGCGCCAGAUGCCCUGCAGCACUCGUAUUUCAACAUCUUACCGACGCCCAUCAUGCACCUGAGGGACACCGUGUCCAUCUUCAAGGUGCCCGGCGUAAAUCUAGAAACAGAGUUCCGCGACAACUUCAAUCCUAGCGGCCGAGUCAGACCUUCACUUUUGCCUGCCGCAAAGUUUUGGUGACAUCUUCAGCCAAGAAGAUGUGUAGUCAGGUGGCCAAGGCAUGACAGACUGCAGAAGGCGCAGGAUACCGAAAAUGAAGCAAAAAAACAUGGUAGACGGUUUCAUUCUUUACAUUCUAUUUAAUUAUGUCAUUACUGUAUGUUUUUUUUAUGAACUACUAUUUUGUAGACUGAUAUUUUUUUUAUUUUUUUUGGGGGGGGGUGGGUUAUACUGGAAUGGCAUUUCCAUUCAUUUGAAUGGGGUCAGAUGGUUUGAGAAAGAUAUGAGUGUGAUCACGGAACAAAUGACCCUCAAAUGUCAUGGCACCACCGUGCUUCUUUUUUGUUUUUGCAGGUGCAGAUCUUGCACUUGUGUCAAGGCCCCCUCGAUCUUUGCUGUGUAUGAGCUAUGUUUCUUAUUACAUACAAUCAUUCUUAUGCUACUUUUAUCGUUUCAAGUUUCCCCAGGACCUUUCACACAGUUUCAGGAUUCACGAUUAAUACGAUCAUUUAUUUAUUUACCACACACUUGUAGAUCUAGGAUCAACUUUAGUAGACAUGAGCCAAAUUUGAUCCGGAACGGGCUCGACGCAUGUCUAGUUUUGAGUAUGAUGGAUCACUUUAGUGAGUAAAUUUCAGAGCGAAAGGACAACAUUUAUAUUCAAAAUUGACUGUGGCAGGUUUUUCAAACAGUUUCCAAACUGAAAGGGAAAAGGUCUGUUAGAUGCGAGAAGUUCCCUGGAAUGAUGACUGUAAUGUAACCACUUUCUCUUAGCGUCUCUUAGCAGUUACUCAAUUCUGUCAUUUCUGUCCCCGAGAGUCAACAUGAAUAAUUAAUCUCAUUUGUGAGCCCCAUAGAAUAUUGCUGUGGUGCUGUGUGACUUACAAAAUAUGUCGUUAAUGCAAGAAAAACACUGUUGGCUGUGGUGUGAUUCAUACAGAUUUAGUUAAGAAGUUGACUUCUAAACAAACAUUUCGAAAUGUUUCCACACAACCGAGGAUAUAUUUUAUUAUUUAUUAAUUAUGAUGUUUCUUCUUGUUUGCACCACUGUUUUAUUUUUUUAUUUUUUUUUGUACCACUGAUUUUUGUGGAAAGACAAAUUGCCAACCUUGCGCUCGGAAAUAAGCAGCAAAACGCUACACAAAUAAAAAAAUACAACUAUAUAAAAUACAAAAAUACAACUGCAAAACAUGAGCAACAAAAAUUGUACUAUGUUUUUCGCAUGAUCACUGUGUGCGUUUGCCUUCCCUUGUGUUUGUACCUGUAUAUGUAUAAUAUGUUGUAUUUCACCAGUUUCAAACCCGUGGCCCGGGGGCCAGAUCAGGUCCACCACAACAAUUUAUGUGGCCUGCGAAAGUAAAUAAUUUGUUCAUAUUUUGUGGUAAAAAUACCAACCCAGUUUUUUUUUAACCUCUAAAAAUCAUUAUGUAUACGUAAUAUGUAUUUGUAAUAGCUGAACAUACUUACAUAAUGGCCCUCUGAGGAAAACUACAGUUGUGUGACCCACAAGAAAAACAAGUUGGACACAUCAGGUACAUAAAUCGGCACUUAAAUCAAUUAUACUAGCCGAUCAAAUUUGUUUUGUACAUCAUCUCUCCACGCUACAUAGUAUAACAACAAACUUUUUUCCACUUUGGUUCUUUUGUUUGUUUUCCCAUCAAACUUGGCGGCGAUGUCAAACAAAUGUGCGUCCCCCAAAAAGUUGUUUUCCAGGAACGAGUUGAUUAAUUAAUACAUUACCAUUUGUUUGAUUCUUUUGAUUGACACGAAGUAACGCAAAGUUCGGGAAGAUAAAAGAGGACGAAUCUUUGUGUGAAUAUUUUACCGCGUGUUUGUUUUUCGGCAAAUCUCUGAUCUUAUCCGCCGGGCAAAAAUUCAUUCAUGACACACAAACAAUGUCAAUAUAAAUAAACAUUAGCCUUUGAUUUUUUUGCCCUCUGAAGAUUGUGACAAGUUUGAUGUCAAUGAAUUUAAUCUUUAUCUGAUUUUUAAAUUAAGUCGCAUUUUUGUGCAACUAAAAACACCUUUCUAGCUGAUUUGGUUGAAAUUUAUGAAUUUUCAGGGUUAAAAUGUCAAUGCAGCAAAGAAAGUUCUAAAAAAUAAAAAACUGUAAAUUUUC